ACUAACUCGCGCGCGAUUUGUGAGAGCGAGGAAAGGCUCGAGGCUGGUUGGCGCGCUCCGCGCAUGUUAGAAACUUCUUUGCAACAGAGCAGGCUUGGUUUUACUUUUUUAAAAAUUACUUUUCUUGUUUCGAAACAAACCCCAAAAAAAAUAAUUAAUAAAUACAAGCCUUCAAGUAACCAAGAACUGUGACCUAUGAACUAAACAGUACCAACAAACAGCCACAUUUUGAACCGAUUAUCAAAACAGAUCUUUUACACAAAAAAUUAAAGUGCGCACGUUUCUCAGUUGAAGGAGUUGGUCGUCUGCUGUUUUAGAUUAAAGGAAAAAAAAAGUCAAGAUCGAGGGUCACAGAGCAAGGAGCUAGGAAUAUGUUCAGUAGUUCUUCAGAAGCAGACAUGGCGGUAGUGUAAAAAACUGGAACUUUAAAAACAGACUAGGGGAGACUAUAUCGAAUUGUUUUAAAGAUUUUGUUAUAAUGAAUAUUUUAAACAACUAAAAUUUUAACAUUUUCAUUACAUUUCUCACACAUAAAAAAUACGAAUCAGUAAGAAAAGAAACAAAAUAUAAUUUAGUGUACAUUUAGAAACGCGAACGCUUCUUCAAAAGUCAGGAAGUUUCAGAGUUUGUCCAGCAGUUUAAAAGACUCAUCCUAUCACCACUCACACUUGGUCAGUUAAGGAAAGGCUUAUUUCUAUUCGCUGGAGAUACUUAGAGAAGUUGAAGAUACAUUUCUGAUAACUGAGAAAUUACUGAUUCUAAACUACGCUACAAGAUGAUCCCGAGAUUUCGCCUAGAGGUCGCCAUUGUCACAUUAGCCGCCAUUCUUAUCACGUGUGCACAAGGACUUAAAAUAGAUUUUUCACGGCUCGCUGCACGGCACACACCAAGUUAUUUGACACAGAAACGUAACGAGAUGACAUGCACAGGUAACCCUUGCGAGAAGUGGAAACCUUUCCUGUGUCAAAGUUCAUCCAAGUGUAUCACAAUCAAGUCUAUCUGUGAUGGGUUCGCGGACUGUGAGGACGGGUUUGACGAGGAUCCAGAAGUUUGUAACGCAGCAUCAAGACCGACAGUGGAAGAUAUGACGGUAUUUCUUAACAAUGAAAGAAAAUGGAUGGUCCCCCAGUUGUUUAACGGUGCCAGUAUUGAUCUUAUCGCCCAUGUCUUAACAGUGGCCAGCGGGAUGAAUGAUUUAAGGGAAUCCUUAGGGCUAACAGACAAGAACGUCGAGCUCUUGGACACUGCUUUUGUCAGUUCGAUUGAGGGAGAUGAGAGGCCGUUGUUAGCCAUGGGCAUGCCCGAAAGGUCAUGGCACGAGGUCCAGUAUGUAUUCCAGAAACUUUAUGACAGUGGGUUCAAAGUUUAACAUGUGACGUCAUGUGUCACCAGAGGUCAAGGCAAUACAAUGAGAUAUACAUAUAUACAAAUAUAUAUUAAAAAAGGACCAAUCGAAGCAGUUUAUAUAGAAAUAUUUUGUAUGCAGCUCCCAUUCUUUUGUGACCAAACUGAAAAUCAAUUUGUGAUCUAAAUGUUUUAAAAACAAUAAAAUACAUGUGUGAUAUUUAUGUGAAUUAUUUAGAAUAUAUUUCCAUUUCUAGUCAUCGCCUAGUUGACACAGAAAAUAUUUAUUUAUUUUUUUUGUUGGUUUGUAAAGGCGAACAUUUCAGAAAUAAAUCUGCGCUCCAAAUUUUUCAUUUUCCAUGAGUGUUUUAUCUCACUAGUAAUUUUUUUUGUCUGUUGUUUAAUUUAAUAUCAAAGUGUGUCUGCUAAUAAUAAUGAUACAAAAAAAUAUAUAUCAGUUUGUUUUGUUUGAUUCGAAUACCAUUAUGCAUAAUAUAUUUAUAAACAUUGGAUUUUAUUUUUAACGUAAGUUCGUUUUGUACAAUUAAUGUUGCUAUUUUAAUUCUGUCAUUGUGUGUAUUUGUGGAUUUGUUCAGAGUUGUUAAUAUAAAAAGCAAAAGCAGGGUGAUUAUCCGGCAAGGAAGCUGUUAGUAACGCAUUUUUCACUGCCCAGCAUAUUAAUAUCUGCCCAACACUGAUAUCUUGUGUUUGAUAACCCGCGGGGACAUGGUUUUAGAAUUUCACAACUAGGCAGCAAUAAGGAUAAUUGUUUAAACAUUCGUAGUCUAAGUCAAAGCACUGCUUUGUUAUUAAUGUAGUAGUUUGAACAGGUCCCAUAUAUUGAACAGGUCCGAUUUAUUGAAUAGGUCAUGUAUAUUGAACAGGUCCCGUAUAUCGAACAGGCCCUAUAUAUUGAACAGGUCCUGUAUAUUGAGCAGGUCCUGUAUAUUGAACAUGUCAUGUAUAUUGAACAGGUCCCGUAUAUUGAACAGGUCCUGUAUAUUGAACAGGUUUCUAUAUAUUUCAAAACAUAGAAAUGAGUGGGUACAUAAGUACAUUAGUAAUAAUGAAACUUGUAUUUCAAUACAAUUACACUUUACCAAAUAAAAUGAUAGGCUUAAUAAUGAAGUGAUUCCUGUUAUUGAUCUAUCAGCCCUGCUCAAUUCAUCUAUCUAACUCUUACUUCUUUAAUAUCGUUUGAUUACGAGAGCUUACCAUUUAAUAAUCUUCAUGAAACAGUAUCUGAUUUGAAACUCUUCAUUAUCUUGUCCAAGAGGAAAGAAUACUGACUCCAUGAAAACAUAGUCUGCGGGACGUGGCUUGAAGGGGAAAGUUUAUGGUUGGCUCUUAGUGUUGGCGCUCCCCUGGGAAAUAUAGUCAAUGAAAUUAUUUAAGGCGUGACCCUGAUUUAAUACGAAACGAAUGCACAUUCACUUAUCGGCCGGCGUUAUUGUGUUUUUCUCUAGAUUAAUCCGCUGUUAAUAUUUAAAUAAAGAACAUUUUAAAAAGGCAGAUAAAUACAUACCAUGAGAUUCAACCUCUCACAGGCCCAUGUCAGGAACUCUUUUGAGCUGGAGGUAAUAAGGAACACAAUGGUGACACAAAAUAAUGCCCAAGCCUACACCGUGGUUUCAUUUCAGUCUUUGCACACACAUAAACCAGAGGUUUAAACCAAUAAAGAUCCUAAUUUUAGAGGUAAUAUAGCCUACCAUAAUUUUGAAUAAACUUUCUCGACCUCCCCCCCCCCCUUAAAAAAUCUUGUGAAUAAAAUUUAUGUCAGUGAAAAACGAGUUGAUAUUUUUUCACAAUUCCAAAGUAAGUCGACGUGUGAAGAACAAACACUAACAAAUGUCUAUGCCUCAAAUUCAUUAACUAAAUGGUUCAUGCUCAGGAAAGGUUACAGUAAGGUUUUUAAAAGCAAUAUCAAUGUUCCCCAAUUAUUUCUUCUAAAUGACCUUUAAAAAUAUGUAUUAAAGUUUCCUUGCCGAAAAAUCACCUAGAACAUUUGACAUUAAGAUAUAGGCUAGUGAUUCUUCUUUUGUCAGAUACAUAUUUCGGAACUGUGAAGGCUAUUGUCGGAUUAAUCUAGGGACUUGUUGAAGGGACAUUCUCUGUUUACUUGUUACUUGGUUCUAUCUCAUCAAUAUUUGUAAUGACCAUUAAACUAUAAUGGACAUUU